CUUCCACGCCACCAACUUUUCCACCUUUGGCAAAGGAGGACACCGCCUUUUCGCACAAAAGCCCCCGCAUUCCUCUCAAAUCCCCCUCCGUUCCCCUCCCAAGAAAACCCCACCUUUGCAUGGGCAAGCGCCUACCUGCCGCCGCCGCCGCCGCCGCCGCGGUUCGUUCUUACGCCCGCAGCAUUCGCGUCCCAUCCGAUACCGCCGCCGCCUCAUCCGCCGGGAGGGCAGCCAAGACGCCGGCGGCCCCGCUGGAUACGCCCAGGAAAUCCGCUGCCGCCGCCGCCGCGGCCAGCUCCGGGCGGGCCGAGGUGCGGGAUUUGGCGGCGGCGUGCGGGCUAGAGGCGGACGAGAGGGUGCCUCUCGCGGAGGUGGUGUCAGACUGCACGAGGCGGUGGUUCCAGGACGCACUCAAGGAGGCGCGCGCCGGCGACAUCACCAUGCAGGUGCUCGUCGGCCAGAUGUACCGCAGCGGAUACGGUGUCAACAAGAACGAGCACAAGGCAAGAGUUUGGAUGGAAAAAGCAUCAAGAUAUCGGUCUACAGUCUGGAAAGUUAGCAAUAAACGUCCAGGGUACAAUGCUAGUGACUCAGACUCAGGCUCAGAUGAUGCUAAGGAAACAUGCAAAUAAGAAAAAUUGAGAUUUUGACAUUAUUGGGCGGGAGGCACACCCGCACCUGCACUGCUGCAGUAACUACAAACUGGUGAAACAACACAAUCUACCACUUGAAGAUUCAGAUGCAGUUCUGUCAACAAAUCCAUCUGUGGCCUCGUUGUUUAUUUAGCAGUAUCGCUAGAUAUUGUUGUAUUUUCAGUUUCUUCUUUCACUAUGUGAGUUACACACACUGUAUUAUUGUUAUUGCUAUGUUUAAGAGGUUUCCUUGUUUUUUCUAGCCUUUGUGUGUGUGUGUGUGCCAUCAGGAAAGUGGUUAUUGGGUUUUCACUGAACAUACAAAGAACCGGAUAUUCUAUGGCAUAGCUAGCCACUGUUACAUCUGCA